AUGGCUUCCUUUCAAGCAGAUCAGCCGGCUCCCGCCGCCUUGCAUAGCAAUUGGGUCGUUCAAAAGUUUGGCGGUACCAGUGUUGGCAAGUUCGCUUUGAAUAUUAUCCAGCAGGUUGUCGAACCCAGUCUCAUCGACAACCGUGUUGCUGUCGUCUGCUCAGCCCGAAGCAGCUCUACCAAAGCCGAAGGCACCACAAACCGGUUACUGCGGGCAGCCCGGGAUGCGGAGAACUCCCACUCACGGCAAUAUGAAGUACUAGUCGAAGCCGUCCGCCUAGAACACACCGCAGUGGCCCAAGAACAGUUGAAAUCAGUGGAUCUAAAAGAGCAAGUGGUAUCCGAUAUCAACGGCGAAUGCGAACGAGUCCUCAAAGUCCUCGAAGCCGCCCAAACCCUCGGCGAAAUCAGCGCACGAUGCGUGGACAAAGUCAUCAGCACAGGCGAGAAACUAAGCUGCCGCCUAAUGGCCGCAUUCUUGCAAGAUCGCGGCGUCGAUUCACAAUACGUCGAUCUAUCCGACAUAAUCGACUUCCCCAUCGGCGCCCACGUCGCCGAGUGCGGUCACCGAGUCCCCGUCAUCACUGGUUACUUCGGUACUAUCCCGGGCGGACUUUUGGACCAGGUUGGACGGGGUUAUACGGAUUUAUGCGCUGCGCUUGUGGCUGUUGGAACGCAUGCCAAGGAACUUCAGGUUUGGAAGGAGGUUGAUGGUAUUUUCACGGCUGAUCCGAGGAAAGUGCCCACGGCCCGACUUUUGCCUGCGAUCACACCUUCCGAAGCGGCUGAGUUGACUUUCUACGGAUCAGAAGUCAUUCACCCAUUUACCAUGGAGCAGGUGAUUCGUGCCCGGAUCCCGAUUCGCAUUAAGAACGUCAUGAACCCGCGAAACAAGGGGACGAUUAUUUUCCCCGAUUCCCCGGCCGAACUGGUGCGUACACCUGGCCAUGACCCGCGAUUGUUCCGCACGCGCAGUCCGAGUCUGGCGCAGAAGCCGAAGCGGCCUACUGCCGUCACGAUCAAGCAUAAGAUCUUGGUUAUCAAUGUUCACUCGAAUAAGCGAUCGCUAUCGCAUGGCUUUUUUGCUGGGAUAUUUUCCGUAUUGGAUAAGUGGCGUCUGUCAAUUGAUUUGAUUUCGACGAGUGAGGUCCACGUGUCGAUGGCAUUGCACUCCGAGGCACCUCUGCUGAAUGGUAAUGGAAGGGAUGAAUACCAGGUUAUUGAUGAUGAUCUGAAGGGGGCCUUGAAUGAUCUGGGCAAAUAUGGAACGGUCGAUAUUAUUCCUGAAAUGGCCAUUCUGAGUUUAGUCGGCAAGCAGAUGAAGAAUAUGAUCGGUGUGGCGGGGCGGAUGUUCACUACUCUGGGCGAGAACAACGUGAACAUUGAGAUGAUUUCGCAAGGUGCGAGUGAAAUCAACAUCUCCUGCGUCAUCGAAGAGCGCGACGCCGACCGCGCUCUCAAUAUCAUCCAUACCAGCAUGUUCACCUUCUUGGACUAG